GAGCAGGUUUGAAAGUCCAAGGGAAAGAACGAAAGCCGAGGCUGGGAAUUAAAGGGAAAAGCCACCACCAGGAACAGCCAUCCCUGGACUGGAUUGACGCCCCAGUGACCCGAGCGGGCUUGAAUUCCUUUCCGAAGAGCAAAGACCGUGGCUGAAGAAAUUAGAUGAGCCUGUUUUUGUGGAAGUUUACCUCCUUUCCCAGAAUCUCUUGUCUUCUUGGAUACAAAAAGUUGUGAGGAUAAGAAGAGAUUUCAGGCACGGACGGCCAAGCUGGCACAGCCCUGAGAGGGUUGGAGCCCCAAGAUGGCCACCGUUGUGCCUGUUGACGCUUCUGAGGAGGUGGUCAUGUUGGUUCUGGGAAAGGACCUGCCCAGGAAUGCUGGGACCCAUAACUACACCCAAGAGCCCACCUCUGAGGACUCUGAGGCCACCCUGCCAUGGAGUCAAGACCGCCACGGUUCAAUCGGUGAGACGGUGAUGAUGUUGGAGGCGUCCGAGACGGACACGAGGCCUAGUCCUGAAGGAAGCAGGGGAGAGGCCAACGUAGGUCCUUCUGUGGAUGACGAGGCCUUCCGUGAAUCCCCCACCACAACCAAGGAGGAGAAAGAGGACGGCAACGAGAUGCCGGAAGCAGCGGCCCACGUCUUUGUCCCCAUCAGCCCCUGCUGCAUCGAGCGCAGCCCGACGGGGGACGAGAAGAAGAGGAAGCUGCAGGAAUACGAGGAGGAGAUUGUGCGCUGCGAGAAGGAGAAGGACGAGCUGGAGAAGCAGAGCUUCGUCAACCACUACUACUCGGCCCACUUUGACGACCUGCCCAGCCACGACGGGGAGCGGGGCAAGUCGCUGGCGGAGAGGUUCGGCUGCCUGCUCUGCCGCAACUGCAACUCCGCCAACCUCAAGGCGGUGGCCUCCAUGGUCGGAGCCAUGAUCAUUUUCCCGUGCCUGGUGUACGGCGCGUAUGUCUUCCUGCCCUUUGACGCGCCCCUGAUGCCGACCAUGAGCACUCGCUUGGUCUACACCCUCCGCUGCGGCGUCUUUGCCACUUUCCCGAUCAUUCUAGGUAUGGUGGUGUACGGCGUGUCCCGCCUCUGCUUCUCCUCCGUGCAACCCUUUGCGGAGCAGCGUCGGGAAGUGGAGAUCCACCGGCGUUUCAUCUCUCAGUCGGUCCGCCUCUUCAUCCUCUACUUCUUCAACAUCGCCGUCCUCUCCACUUACCUGCCCCAGGAAGCCCUCAAGCUCAUCCCUCUGCUCACCGCACUUUUUGCCAUUUCACGCCUUCUCUACUGGUUGGCGUUCGCCAUGGGACGCUCUUUCCGGGGUUUUGGCUUUGGGCUGACGUUUCUGCCCCUCGUCACCAUGCUCCUAUUCAACCUCUACAGCAUGUUCAUCAUGGACCCAGAGAACAUGUUCAUCACGGCAGGUGGCACCGAGGAGGAUCCCUUGGAGAAGGGGCGUCAGAUGGAUGCCUCCAAGCCUAGAAUUUGGGGUUGAAGAACAGGCUGAGCGCUGGCCCAAAGGGGAAACAGCUAACAUCUUUGUUGGCUGGCAGUUGUGUUGCCUUCAGAUGACUGACUGACAGGGGUGUCAAGUGGCAUGCAGUUCCCCUGGACCCAGAGCCCUGAAAUUUGGCACGCUCACAGACUAGGACACCCCAGGCACCGGAAAGUUCCGAACACACUGCUGUUAUCCCUCAGAAUGGGAGGCCAUGUUAGGAGGCCAUGCUGUAGCCCAAAGUAGUCUGGCUACUGCACACUAGCCCCAAAGUUGGAAUCUGAAACACAGGGAGACGGGAACUUCUCCCAGCCACCUGUUGGGAAAGGUGGCAGAGAAGAACAUUCGCAGGUCUCUUCCGAGAAACUGGAGUUGAUGUGGUGAAGCAGCAUACCUCUGAAUGUUCGCAGCUUUUCCAGGCCACCCGAAAUCUGGUAGCCACGUGACUCGAUACACCAGAUCAGGGGGCAUUUUUAAAGGAGCUGUCAGGAUUGGGGGGAUGAAGUUGUCCGGGGGUCAGCAAAAAGCAGCCCAAGCUGGACAUGGGGGUAGAGCAUUGGGUGGUGGGAUUCCCUGGAUUUAGAGCUGGAUUUAGAGGAGGGGGCACUCUCGGUGGAACAGCUGGGGAGGGGAGGGGAGCCAGAAGGCCUGGCUCCUUCUUAUAGCUGCAUCCGCUCCAACCCUCAUUGCAGUUCCACUCGAACUCAAGCCAAGCGGUAAAUUUGUGGAAAUCACAAGCUUUUUGACGCAGGAGUCUUUCCCGGCCCACCUGGAGGUGCUGCCAGGGAGGGAACCUGGGACCACCUUCAUGCAAAGCGGUUGCUCAGCCACUCCAGAUGGGCAUGUGAAGCUGCUACCUACUGAGUCUGACGCUUGGCCCGUCUAGCUCUGGACUGCCGACACUGACCGGCAGCAGCUCUCUCCAAGGUUCCAGGCAGGGGUCUUUCCCGACCCCUGCCUGGAAAUGCUGCCAGAGAGUGCCCCUAGCACCCUCCCUGAAGUGCUAGUUUUCUGGUGCAGGGGGUUAUACUUUUUAUUUUAUUUUAAGGUAGGCACUUUCAACCCCGCAACCCUCUUCCCUGCAGCCUGAAAAUGAUCAAGGUGUCCUUGGCGGGUGGGGGGGGGGCACAAGUUGAGCCUGAGGCAGCCGUUAAAAAGAGAGGGCAGGGGAUCAGAGAGAGUCUCGGCUUCAUGAACAGAGAGACGGAGUCCGGAUCUUACUGUGAAUGGCGACGAAUAAAGACGGAUUGUCUUCCAA